UAAUUUUCACACCUACAACUUUGCCCAGUUCCCCGGGCAAAGAUGAACAAUGUCCUGGCAAAAUUUCGCUCGUCGGCCCUUCGCGAGCAAUGAUCCAGAUCCCUGUCAAGUUCUACUGCACCAGGAAGUUUAAGAAAGUGACCCAUUGCCUUUUCGACUUGGACGGGACGGUACUUGAUUCCGAAGUUGUUUAUCAAAAAGCAAUCAGGACGAUCUGCGAAAAAUAUGGAAAAACAUACACCAAGGAUCUGGAAAAUGAGUGCUACGGCGCCACGGACCGUGACCUGUCAGAAACAGUCGUGCAGCGCGUGCUGCUGCCGAUUUCCGUGGACGAUUUCGAGCACCAACUCACCGACCUCGUCGGGAAAGAUGUCUCCAGCGCACCAUUACUGCCUGGCGCCGAGCGUCUUCUGACGCACCUGUACGACUCUAAGGUCCCGAUAGCACUAGCGACCAACAGUACGGAGCGUGCUGUGAGGAUCGCCGCACACGCGCGACCGAAACUCUUCGCGCUCUUCAACCACAAGGUGUGCGCUACGGACCCCGAAGUGGACCGCGGCAAGCCGCACCCUGACAUCUACCUCGUCGCUGCCAGCCGGUUCCCGACCAAACCUAAACCGGGACAUUGUCUCGUGUUCGAAGAUUCUGAAAUCGGAGUAAUAGCGGCGGUCGCAGCGGGCAUGCAGGUGGUGAUGAUACCGGACCGACGCUUAGACCGUCAGAAGACGCGCCAAGCCACCAUAGUCCUAAGAUCUCUACGCGAUUUUAAACCUGAAGAGUUCGGCCUGCCACCCUUCCCCGAAACGCCAGCGAAAGGCAAACCCACUUCAGCCCGCGUCGAACAAGACCCUAAAGCAGAAAACAAUGAAACUAAGAAGGAUGUACCCGUACAGCCGACUGCUUUGCUUGUUGAAUACACACCCAAGUCGUCGAAAAUAUCUAAAAUGUCAAAAAUAAGGGCGCAAAUGACACUUUUGAUGGACAAGAAAAUACUAGUUGGCUAAACAUUUUUUGGAAAGCUUUUGAUAAGGUUGGCCCAUGUUUCUACUGACGAAGAAUGUUUUUAAUGGAAUAAGUAUGUAGUAAUCACUUUCGACAGAUUAUUUCUAAAAUGACCACAAAAACCUAAAAUAAUUUUGUCAAGCUUUAAGCCAACGAAAAUUGAUGCCAUACCCGGUGUCUCUCAGGGAUCAUUGUUGGGACAACUGUUGUAUAAAAUUUAUAUUAAUUA